UGGGUAUCGCUUGCAGAAGACUAGACACUAUUAAUUAACACUGGAUAAGCUUAAUAAAGUACAAGGUACUGCUAGCAGAAGACUUCUAUUAAAUAAUUUUAAUGGGAGACUAGAUAUUGCUCAUAGAAGAUUAAAUACUGCCGACAGAAGACUAGAUUCUGCUGAUAGGAAACUAAGUAUACCUCACUGAACUGUUAAUUACCACUGGAUGAGGUUAAUAGAGAAUAAGGUACUGCUGGCUUCUGCCAGUUCUAUUAAAUAACUUUAAUGGAAGACUAGAUACUAUCGGAACAAAAUGCCAGAUGACUAGACACCACUUAAAAAGGAUUAAAUCCGGCCAGAAAAGGACUAAAUACUGCUAAUUCUUUUCUUUAUACACUUUUAUUUUCUAUCUAGUGAGACUUUUAACACAAACCUUUUUGCUAAAAAACUGUUUAUUCGUUUAAAUUUGAAUUUUAUACGCGUUAAAAUAUAAAAUGUAAUCAAUGCAAAUAUUUAAUGAAUUAAUUUUAAUCAUAUAUGAAUAAACUUCCUUUUGUCUGUGUGUGUGUCGUACCCUGCUGCAAAUAUGGAUACAUUACGUAAAUAAACACACAAGGUAUGUGUCAGAGUUGUUGAUAACGCUUAUCAAACGUGUCGACUAACUAUAAAACCUUUUAUAUAAAAACGUUACGAAUUUUAGUAGGUCACAUCAGUAUUAUAUUAAAUACAAUCGAUAAUGGCUGGAAUAAUAAAAGUGGCAAUUCAUUAUAAUUCAGAAAGUUUUUUUUAUAAUUUAAACAGUAAAAUAUCUCUAGCUGAAAAUAUUUGUGGUAUUUGUGAAAGUCAAAACAUUAGUGGAAGCGAUUCUUGGGGAUUAAAACGAAAAGAAAUCACAGAAAAAAAUAAAAAUAAACCAACAAAGAACAUCGAAGAAUAUUAUUACAUAGAAGAUUUUUCAACAGUUCAAAAUGGGGAUGAAUUAAAAUUGGUUACAUCGAUUCCGGUUAAGCUUAGUUUUAUAUUUAGGAAUUAUAACAUUUCUUUCGCUGAUUUAGCAAAAGAAAAUAGCGAUAAAUUAUUUCUAAAAUAUCUAGUCCAAUAUCAAAAUCAAACUUAUCUGCUCAAUUACAUCCUUGAAGAUGAAGUAAUCAAUAAAGAAAAUUUAAAAGUAUGUUAUCAAACGAUUUUACAAAUUUUAAAAUACGGCUUUCUUGACGAACUUCCCAUGCCAAUUGUGGAAAAAAUGAUAGAUGAAGUAAAAAAUUGUAAAGUUGACGAAAUGAUUCUAGACUAUAAAUUGAAAAGAGAAAGACCACAUAUUUUAGAAUGUAUCAUGUCUAUUUUGUGUCAAUUAAUGGUUAUUAGGGAAUGUUCUGUCCAUAUCAAAGAAGAAAUAGCUUUAAUUCCAAUAACACAAUUGAUAUCAAUGUGUCGUUUAAGAUCAAUGAAAUUCCAAUUAAAACCGUUAAAACUUUUAAAUUCAAUCGUAACGGUUGUUAAGGAUGAGGGUAAAUGGAAAAUGUUAAAAGAAAUGGAUUCCGCCGAAUUUAGAAAUGUUUUGUUUGAACAUUUAAUUCAAGAUUUAAAGAAAUGUAAUGAUGCUAUUGGUAAAGAAGUUUAUGUUUAUCAAUGUCACAUUUUAAGUCGAUUAAUGGAUAAACUCGUAACAUCAGCAGAUCCAGAAAUUUUAAAACAAUUCGAAUGCAAUGAAAAUUCCGAGAAUCGUCUAAGUGAUAUCCUCGAGUUCCAAGAAGAUAAUCCAUUGAAUUAUAAAGGAAAAUGGGGUUCAAAUGAUACAGUUAUAAGUUCCUCUGAAGAUUCAUACAGAUAUAGUUUUUUAAGUGUUUCUUCAAGAGAUAGCAUAUCAACCCUUAGAUCAUUUCCAAAGGUAGAUGAAGGAGUGUGUAAAUUAACUGAGGAAUGUUUGGUUUAUUAUGCUGGAAUGUACGAAAUGAACUUCAACCAAUCUAAAUUAGAAGAAUUAGCAAAUCAAUCAAAAAUAACGAUUUCGGCCGAUAAAAUAGUAAAAAUGUUGGCGAGUAUUUUACGAAUUGGUUCAAAAAUUGAUAAAAAACGUGAAGAUUUUCAACCAUUAGUUUUCAAUACAAGUUUAAAACAAGGUUUUUUCUUGGAAUUAUUCUGCAGGACGAUGUGGUUGUUAUCAAAAACGCGAAGAGAAAUGCAAGCUCACGUAGCCGAUGAUUUUGAUAAGGUUUUAAAUAUUUUAGAGUUACAAGUGCGAAGAACUCUCGAAUGGAAACCGUUAACGUUAGCAGAGCUAUUAAAGCAAAUGAAAACUUUAAGUUAUAAUGUUGUUUGUAACACGUUAGAGAAAGAAGCUGAAAUUAAUUGGAAAAAUAAUUUAAAUAAAAAUCCUUGUGUACAACUUCUUAAAAAACAUUUUAGUACUGAUAAUGAAGAUUUAGUUCGACAACAAAGAUUAAGCGUUUUAAAAGCUGGGCAAGAUUUUCCUAAAUUACCUGAAGUUAAAAAGAAACAACAAUAUUUUUCGGUAGAACUUUCUCAAAAUUGUAAACAACUCCUUUAUUAUGAUUGUAACAACAAUGUGCGCAAAGCUUUUCAGCCUAUUGUUUACAACAUUUCAGCAAUUAGACAUCUUAUAAUUGGAAUAAGUUGCCCAUACUACAAAGAAAAUAUUGUUAAAAACUCAACUUGUUUAUUUGCUUUGCAAUUUGAAGGUGAUACAUACAUUCAUUUUUUGGCUAAAGAUGAAAAGAUGGCUCAAUAUUGGAUGGAUGGAUUACAUAUUUUAUUGGGUAAAAAUGAUUUUUCUGAUAGUUAUAAAAAAGAACUCGAAGAACUCACCAAUAUGGAUAUUGCCCUACAAUUGUUGGAGCUACAAAAUGUGGAAAUUCCAGAUCAACCUCCUCCACUUCCUUUAGUCCCACCAAGACCCCCUUUACCACCAAGACCUGUUACACAACUUAGUAACACCAAAAAUAAUUAUUAAAAAAUUAUUUGUAUUAAACCAAAGAACAAAUUUAAUUAAAAACUAAUAAUAUAGCUUUAAUAAAUAAAUAUUUAUCUUUAAAAUUAAGAGUUGUUGUUAUUGAGUUAUCUAAUUGGGUUUUGGAAUCAAACUCUUCAUUCGUAUCAUGCUCUAGCUACAGAGACAUCAAAUAUAUUUCAAAUGAGCCAGGUAGCUCUUUUUUAAUUCCAUUACUCCAUUUACUUGAGCUGCUUCUAAAAUUAAGAGUUAUUUAUGAAAACUUUUUAAAAGUGAGGUUAUGUCACUAAAAUAUUUUAUCC